AUGACAGAAGAUAACUGCUUCGUUUAUGCUUGCAUUCAGGCUGGAGUAAAUGAAGAAACUAUUGACCACAUGAGAGAAGUCAUUCGUGUUAGAGACUUUCCUCAAAGUAAAGUACAAGAAAUUUCUGACGCAACAGGUAUAGCAUUUAAUGUUACCAUUGGUUACUUCAAUGACUCAAGACAUAAUGAAAUAAAGAGAUACAUACCAAAAGAAUGUGAAACUGUUCGAACUAUUGACUUACUUCUUGUUGAAGACCACUACAUGCUAAAUGAAAGACUUCCAAUGACAACAUAUUUCAUUCGAAACUAUAUAGAAAUCUUGAAGGAGUGUGGUGGAAUGAACAUUGAAAAACAGAUGAAAAUAUAUACAAAGAGAGAAGAUAAAUAUGUAGUUCGCAUGGAUAGAACUACACCGCUAUGGGAUGUUAUGAAAACAUUGUGGGAGUGCAAAUAUUUUGAACCUAUUUCUUAUGGAGAACUUUUCACAUAUACGACUGACUUAUAUAAACAGAACCUUGCACCAUUUAAAGAUUUGACAUAUGCUCCAAAGUAUUGUGUACAACUGAAGAAGAAAGCAGAGUCAAAAGAAGUAAAUAAAGCUAAAUGUAAGUUCAUACCUGAGCACGUUUUCUUUGCUGACUUUGAGUGUAGUACGGAUGGCUUUCAUAAAGCUUUUAACAUCUGUUAUGACAGUGAAGAUGGUUCAGUUAGUGAAAGUAUUUGGGGUCAAAACUGUGCAACAGAAUUUUUGGAAAGACUUCCUGACAAGAGUUUAAUAUAUUUCCAUAACCUCAGUUAUGACAUAAACUUCAUCUUAAGACACAUGACAGAAGUGAAAGGAACUCCCAUCAUUAAAGGUUCACGAACAAUGCAAAUAACUG